GAGCCGUGCCCGGGGCCGGGGCUGUGGCCGGGGCCGGGUGUUUGGGCGCAUGCGCGCAGCGGGCCGCGGGAGCCGCUUGUUGCCGGAGUUGAGGCGCAAAGAGAAACGCGGGGAGGGCCGGGGGAGGCCGGGCCGGGCCGGGCCGGGCCGCGCCGGGCCGCCGUUCUUUUUAAAUGAGUUUGGAAUGCUAGAAAUCCUUACUGAAGCAGAAGCAGAAGCCAUAAAAGCUCUUUCAGCCUCAGCUAUAAAUGCCAGCCCAACCAGCUUUGCUCCUGCUGCUGUCAACGCUUCCGCUGCCUCUAGCGCUGAUUUGGAAGUGUCCAAAGACAACUUGCCCUGUUCUGUUUUCCAAACCUAUGGUCAAAUGGAUUGCUUUGCGAAUGGAAAGUUUUGUACUCAGACAGCCUCUCAGCAGCACAGGGACAGUGAUACCAAAGACAUUCCAGAUGAUUGCAGAAACAGGGGAAAUAGCAGAAAUCCUAAUGUUGGCAUUGGCUGUCAGGUGAAUGAGAUUAACAGACCUGCCAAACGUCUCCGAAGGAAGAGAAGACUGCUUCUGGAGUCUGAGGAUGAUGAGGAAAAUGCAGAUGAGGAUGAGGAGAAGAAUAAAUCAAAUAAUAUGAAAAGCCGCAGAAACACUAAACCAAUAAAACAAGUUGUUCCUGCAAAGAAGAAGGUAUGGAACUGGGUUUCCUACUUAGAAGAGGAACGGAUGCCAGCUGCUCCCCUAAAACUGUUCAGAGAGUAUCAAUCAUUCCCACAAGGCCGAAAUGGAUUUAAAGUUGGAAUGAAAUUGGAAGGGCUGGACCCUGAACACCCAUCUCGAUUCUGUGUUCUUACAGUGGCUGAGGUACAAGGUUAUAGAAUGCGACUACAUUUUGACGGUUACCCGGAGUGCUAUGACUUCUGGGUUAAUGCUGAUUCCUCAGACAUCCAUCCUGUCGGCUGGUGUGAAAAAACAAGCCAUAAGCUGCUCCCUCCUAAAGGUUUCAAGGAGGGAGAAUUUAAUUGGGCUUCCUAUUUGAAGAAUUGCAAAGCUCAAGCAGCUCCAAAAAGCCUUUUUAAGACCCUCAGCACUCCUGUCACACCAUCUGGUUUUCGUCUGGGAAUGAAACUAGAGGCAGUGGACAAGAAGAAUCCGUCACUGAUGUGUGUUGCAACCAUCACUGACAUGGUGGAUAACCGCCUGCUAAUUCAUUUUGAUAACUGGGAUGAGAAUUAUGACUACUGGUGUGAAGCUAGCAGCCCAUAUAUUCGUCCUGUUGGCUAUUGCCAAGAAACUGGAACCCCGCUGACAACACCACCUGGAUACAAGGAUCCUAAAGCCUUCUCAUGGGAGAAAUACUUGGAAGAAACUAAUUCCCAGGCAGCUCCAGCAAGAGCAUUCAAACUGCGUCCUGCUCAUGGAUUCCAAGUUAAUAUGAAGUUAGAGGCUGUAGACAAAAGAAAUCCCAUCUUGAUAAGAGUAGCAACGAUAAUUGACAAAGAUGACCAUCGUAUUAAGAUACAUUUUGAUGGCUGGGACCAUAAUUAUGAUUUUUGGGUCGAUGCAGACAGCCCUGAUGUUCAUCCAGUAGGCUGGUGUGCAAAAACUGGACAUGCUUUGCAAGUCCCUCUAGGUGCUGCUGAUCCUGUGGGAACAGUGGGACAAGCAUGUCCUACUCCAGGCUGUCACGGUAUUGGUCAUGUCAGGGGCCCACGAUAUGGAACACAUUAUACGUUAGUUGGCUGCCCAUAUUCUGAUGUGAACCUCAGCAGAGAAAACUCGUUACAGGACCGCCUGAGUGGGGAAAGACCUUCCCCUGCCAAUAGCCUUCCGAAAGCCAAGAGGAUAGAGACCCCUGCCCCAGUCCUGCUGGGAACAGGAGGGUCUUCUCAGGAGGACUCUCCACACUCCAGAAAAUCUGCACAAGAAAGUGAAAAGUCAUGUCAAAGCAGUGUUCACAGUCUGUCGGAACAGUCUGAAAACAAUCAAGAGAAAGACUGGAUGGAAGAGGAAUCGUCUGCAGACAUCAAAGCCAAACCGAAAAAGCUUGGGUGCUCACGUGCCUAUAUAAAGUUCCAGAUGGUGAAACAGGAAAACAAUGGGAAAGACCCUGAUUUCGAUCUCCAGCAGGCCCUCCACCAGUCCAUCUUCAUGCCUUCCCUGACCUCUAACCCGACCCACCGCCUCCAUCUCUGCUGGGAGCAGCACUGCAAGCUCUUGCCAGAGGUCUCGGGCCUCACAGCCAAGCACGUGGCCAAAUGGACUGUGGAAGAGGUGGCAAGCUUUAUCCAGCGUCUACCUGGUUGCAAAGAACAAGCAUCCGUGUUCAGGGAAGAGCAGAUAGAUGGUGAAGCCUUUCUGCUCCUGAACCAGACCGACAUAGUUAAAAUACUUGGUAUCAAACUGGGGCCUGCCCUGAAGAUCUACAAUGCCAUUCUCAUGCUCAAGUCUGCAGAAGAAGAGUAAGAAGAGCCCUUCGGCAGAGCCCAAGAGGAAUUGACAGGGAACAGAUCUUCCACUGAGCAUUACAACGUGCCCAAGAGGCAAACUUGGACUUGGAUAUAUUUUAAGUAGAACUUUAUUAAAAAAUAUUUUGAGGACAUAAAAAUCCUGCCGCAAUCUGGAAUAUGGGGCAGCUUCACUUCCAAGAAGAGGAUAUUAUUAUAUUUUGUAAUUGAGUUUGGUUUUGAUAUAUCAAUCUCUUUUGAGAUCUAGAAGACACCUCCGGUUAUAAGGGGAAUCCAGGGUAACAUUGGUGGAGCUGCAAUAGUAAGAGGAAAGUUACAAGUGAAAUGAAUUCUGUGUCCGAUGAUAGUGCCUGAAAGAGAGACUGAGUUAUCACCAGCAUGUUUAAUAUGUAUAUAUAUGUAUAAAAACUCUGAGAAGAGAGUAAGAAAAUAGGAAAAAGGUGUCCUUCAGAGCAGUGCUGUGGGUCCAAAGCUGACCUUUUCAUGACUGAUUUAAACUCCAGUUUCUCCUGCUGAUAUUGUUCUAAUACCCUUGCCUCCUGGGCUGCUCACACCACAACAGAAGCAUACCAUGGGCAAAGAGCUUCCAUCAGUGGUCGCUUACAUCGUUUCUGUUAACAAGCAAACCUUUCUCAUUCAUGCCACCAGGCAGUUACAGGCAAGCCCUGUUUGGAUAGGCUUUGCGUGGGCAAAGCUCUCUCAUACAGAUAUCUCCCACAGGAGACAAAGGUAAAUAUUCUAGCUCUAUUUCUCCCAUCAGUGCUUUUGUGCAACUGCUAUCUGGACCAUGAACAUCUUACGGCAAAAUGAUGCCAUCAGGAGCACUCGGGAAUUUGAUGGGUUCAUCCAAGCCCUCUUCACUAUCAGCCAAAUGCUAGGAACUAAAAACCCACCAGUGGGCAGUGUUACGUGUACAGAUGCAAGCAAGUUUCCUAGAAGCAAUUUGCUUUUAUUUUCAAACAAUCCAAACCCCAUGAACGCUUAGUGCUUUAGCAUUUUCGGCCUCCAGGUGGACAUCGAUCUGUUGUGCCGGUGAGCUGUGUGCUGUAGUAGCAGGGCACUCACUCCUCUGCAUCUUCAGUGGCGAGGCAGGAAGGAAGAACACGUGGGCAGGUUUCACUGAAGGGGGAUCAGGGUUUGAACAGCAAAGCAAGGUAGGAAUUACUUCUCAAAAGAGAUUGCUUCCUCGCUGGCACAGAUCAGCAAAGCUUGUGGCUGUGUUCCUGUGUGUGCAGGUGGCAGCCUGUGUGCUUUCCUGCCAGAAGAGCACUGGUGUUCCUUGCUCUGCUGGAAGCCAAAGCACAGCUUUAGGAACAUGCAGCAGGGACUGCAAUGCCUUGGAUGGGGGAUUUCCAUGCCGUUAUUUCCAAAGCCAUUUUCUUCCAGUGGGAAGCGGGGAGCCCUGCCGGGGCCCUGCUCAGCAUUUCCCGUUGCAGCUGGCAGCAUGCUGGCUUCUGACUUCCUCUGUCUCUUCUGGAGUUCAGCAAGAACCAUCACAGCUAGGUAAAACUUUCCACCUCUUCAUUCGAAGCUGCCAGGCUGUGAGCGAGUGAGCAAAUCCUCCUGAGCACUGGAAGAGUGCUUGCACUGUGCUGCCGAAGGCAGGCAUGCCAUCACAGCCCAGGGCUGCACGAAUUUCUCAGGGCACACCCUUUGUGACUGUGUGAUGGCACAGGGAACGCACUUGGUUUUCUGUCUUUAAUCACUCUGUGUCCUUUGUCCAGCCUUGAAGCUUCUGCGAAGGUCCUGGUGACUUUUCUUACAUUUAUCAAUAGAGCAGAAUCCACGCUGCUGAAAGCAUUCAGUCCUGGGUUAAUGUGUAGAGCUAUUGGUCUUAUUGCUUUCUAUUUUUGUGUAAGGUGUUAAGGAUUUUAAGCCUUCCACAGAGAAGACAUAAGGGUGGGGGGAUAUUUAAUCGCUGAAACCUUGAAUAGCAGCCAGGCAACUGCAGGAGAGUAUAGUGAUUUAAUGCAGUAGUAGGACUAGAGAUACAAACUUAAUUUAUUAAAAUGAAUUUAUGGUAUGACAGCCAGGAUUUUCACCAAAGAGUCACGUUCCUUUUUCCCACUCUGUGCACCCAAGUCUGUGUAAAGGCUUCACUUGGGAUCGGCACGUCCUGGGCUGUGACACAGCUCGCCUUCCAAGCACAGCAAAAUCCGUUCAUGACAACUGGAGCAGAGGGUCAGUGGCUGGACUGUUUUGUUCCUGGCUCUCCACCCCUUGCUCAAUAACCCUGAGCCCUUCUUUGCUCCAGUUUCCCUGCCGUGACAGCCAGCCAGGUGGGGUGAGCACAGCGCUACCUUGUUCUUGUCUCAGGAAGCAGGUCCUGCCAAAUCUUCUGUUUUACCUCCUUCCUUUGGGAAACUGCCCUGGGGGACGGCAGACUGCCUCCAGCAAUAAAACAAAAUGUGAUAUUAUUUCAUCUCUUGCUAUAUAUAGAUAGAGGAUGAAGAGAAUUGGUGCAACAAGCAAUAAGAUUCUCGUCGCUGAAAUUACUCAAACAGAAGAGAGAUCUUUAAUCCUAGGGGCUUCCAAGCCAGCUGGAUCAGAUGGAAAUGUGUGCUUGGAGUUUAUUCAGUGACAGCAGUGGUAGUGCUUUCAGCAGGGAGGAAGGAGGAACCCUUUUAGGGAUAGAAGAAGGAGGAAUGUGCUUCUUGUGCCUUUUUUUGUAAUCCAGUAAUUGUCUUUGCAGAGCAAGCAAGAAUGUGCACACAUCUAUUACUGAUUCUUUUUCCAAAUAUAGCUAUAUUCUAAUAAAAUCAGACAACUUCACGGUACUGCAAGGGCAAAAAGAUUUCCUGUCCUCGCUGGACGUGUUUAAAAUUCCCUAAUAUUUACAAGACUAAGUGAAAACAACUCAUCUUUUAGCCUCAGCUUUGCUCCUUGACUUAGGAAUUCACUGCUGGCCGAUGCCACCUUGCCUGCAGCAGGGAGCCCUGCUUUUGUGGGCAGCUUGAGGGCUUGAUCCUGCUUUUGCAGCCUCAGCUCUGCCUUUUCCCAGUCCUGGUCAUGGCCUGUGUCUAGGCGAGGGCUCUGCAGAUGCCUUUGAUUGUCCUAAUGCCUUGUUGUCUAAUUUGAAACAUGCACUUUGAAGCAGAAAGCCAAAAGUAGGGGCUCUGUGUCGAACAAAAGCUGCAACUGGUUAGUGCCACCUGGUUUAGGAGGCUUUCAUAGUCUACUGAGCAUCAACAGAAACCGGCUGUUGGCCCAGAAAUAAAUGACUUGAAAGCCACACGGAGCUGGGACAGCUUCGUGGGGACCAGCAGCACAGCUGCGAAGGCUCCCUUCUCGGCUAGGGUGGCUCUUACUCCUGAAUGUGUUUUGGAAAUCCAAAGCGAUCGAACGGUUCUCCUUUUUUCUUUUCUCCUCUACUGUUAACUCUACUGUUAAAGUUUUUCUGUGCCACCGCAAAUGAUCGUCCUUGUAAUCCAGGAGCAGCAAAUUUCCGCUCUGGGUAAUGAAUCGCAUUAACGUCGGACAGAAGCGUUCGGCAACACUGAGAGCAAAAUUCUACAACCAAAGGAAAAAAAAAAAAAAGAGAAAAAACUCAGCCCAGGGGAUAAGCUAGUUCAGCUGUAGAAGAUUUCCUGCCUGCUACUUUCAUGCCCUGCUUAGGGAUUUAUACCACAGAAAGCUUUAAAGUUUCUGACAUUCUCCCCGCCAUGUGAUGAGCUAGCUUAUUUUUGAAAUUCCUAUUACUUGAACUGGAAACAUGCACAGGGGAAGGGAGGGUGCGCGUUGUCUCUGUUCAACCUCUGAAAUGUUUGCCUGUUUUAAACCAAACAAAUACUUGAGCUUUUUGACACUAGCCAUGAUGUUGCACUCCACCAAUGCUUUCUUCUGGAAAUGUGAAUAAAAUUAAUAUAAAUUCA